AUGUCUAACAAUGUUAUACGACAGAAGAGAGAUCGAAACCAUGACGAAGAGGUUCCUGCGUCCUCUAUGAGUGGCAGAAUAUCAAAGAGUGAUAUGGGAAGCAAUUACAAAUCGUCACAACCACCAGCCCCAUCACGAAAAGACCCAGAAUUAGAACCAGUAGAUGACCAAUCCUUUGAACUAUUCGUGACAAAAAUACGGUCCUAUUUACCUGAUGCUAGUCACGAAGUAAUUCAAUCGGCUUCAGAAGUGGCCAGUGAACAAUUGAGCAACCGUGACAUGUCUGUUCCAGAAAAGAGAAAAGAACUUGAAGAACUAUUGAAUAUAUCUAUAUCUGAUGGCGAUCUUCAUGAGUUGAUUAAUUUAUCCAACUCAAUUGAAUCUGCCAAACAGCAACAACAACAACAACAAGAAGAAGAUGUUGGUGACGAAUUUGUUGCCAUCAACUUUAAUUCAUCAGAUGACGAGGGCGAGGAACAAGUUAUUGAACCAGAGAUUGAAGUUGCAGAAGAUAAAGAAGAAACAAACACGGUCGUUAUUGAAGAAGAACCACACAAAUAUCCCAAAAUACAUGACUGGGAUUGGUUUCAAGAAUGUUUGGAACUGAAAAACCAGCCACAGAUAUUUGAUCUUUUGGCUAAUAAAGAUAUGGAUCUGAUACAGUUAGAUAACCAGCUCAACGAGUUGUUGGACUAUAAAGAGAUGGAUUUUAUUGUCAAAUGCAUAGAGCAUCGAUGGCGUAUUGUGUUUUCCAAAAGAUUGCAAACUGAAAACAAAGAGUCCGUUGUGAAGGAAAUGGAAGAGCUUGGUCUUUAUUCUUUAAUCGACGAGUUGGACCGAAAAAGGCUGCUAGAUGAUGAGAGUAGCAACCCCCUUAAACGACAGAAAAAGGUAAAACGAGCACUUCAAAAGAUUAGCCUUGACAAGAUUUCGUUUUCUGCCAGUGUUGACAAUGCCCGUGUGACUUUACCCGAAGGUACAACUCACGAAGUUAAAAAGUCAUAUGAUACUAUCACAGUUCCACCACCAGUUCAGUCCUUGACUGACAAUGAUGAAUUGUUGCCCAUAUCUACACUUCCAGAUUGGGCUCAAGAAGCUUUCCCUAGAAAUGAAACCACCACAUUUAACAGGAUUCAAUCAAAAAUAUAUUCACAGGCAUUUGAAACUGACAAUAACUUAUUAAUUUGUGCUCCCACUGGUGCCGGAAAAACAAAUGUGGCAAUGUUGACUGUACUACGCACCAUUGAAAACUUUCGCCACAAUGGCCACAUUCAAUUGAAAAACUUUAAAAUUGUAUAUAUUGCUCCGUUAAAGGCACUUGUACAAGAACAAAUGCGUGAAUUCCAAAGACGGCUUACAGCUACUUAUGGGAUUGUUGUUAAUGAGUUGACCGGUGACCUGUCUUUGUCGAAACAGCAAAUUGCAGAAACCCAGAUCAUUGUCACAACUCCAGAAAAAUGGGAUAUCAUAACCCGAAAGGAUCCAAGCUAUGUGAAAUUGGUCAAACUCGUAAUCAUAGAUGAAAUCCAUUUAUUGCACGACGAAAGAGGUCCCGUUUUGGAAAGUUUGGUGAGUCGGGCUAUAAGAAAAUCCGAGACUACUGGAUUCGACAUCAGAAUAGUGGGGCUUUCUGCCACUUUACCAAAUUAUGCUGAUGUUGCAAAGUUUAUCCGAGCCAAACCUGAAGGGUUAUUUUAUUUUGAUGCUAGUUACAGGCCAUGCCCAUUGGAACAAGUAUACAUCGGGGUAAAAGAACAAAAGGCCAUUAAAAGAAUUGCUGCCAUGAAUGAAGCAUGCUACGACAGAAUGUAUCAAAGUCUACAGGAUCAUCAUCAACUUAUUAUUUUUGUUCACUCCAGAAAAGAAACGUUCACCACGGCAAAAUACUUGAUGGAGAAAUUAGAUAUUGACAUUGUUGAACAAGAAGGUGUAAAAGAAAUAUUAAAGCAGGAAAGCGAGUCAAUGUCUAAUUCUAAAUUAAAAGAGGUCAUCCCUCAAGGAUUUGGGAUCCACCAUGCUGGUUUGACUAAACAAGAUAGAAGUACAGUUGAAGACUUGUUUGCUCAAGGUCACUUGCGUGUCCUUGUUUCUACGGCUACUUUGGCAUGGGGUGUUAACCUUCCAGCACACACUGUGAUUAUUAAAGGUACAGAAACGUAUUCGCCAGAGAGUGGGACCUGGGUCCAAUUGUCACCUCAGGAUAUCCUACAAAUGUUGGGACGUGCUGGUAGACCAAGAUACGAUAAGAACGGUGAAGGGAUUAUAAUCACAUCUCAAGACGAAGUUCAGUAUUACUUGGCUAUUUUGAAUCAACAAUUACCGAUUGAAUCACAAUUGAUUCAUAAAUUGGUAGACAAUAUCAGUGCAGAAGUUGUUUCUGGAUCAAUUACUACCAUCGAAGAAGGAAUAGAGUGGUUGAGUUACACCUACUUUUUUGUGAGAAUGUUGCGGUCGCCGGCAUUGUACGGUGUUGAAGCAACAUAUGAUUUCAAAAUUGACCCAACGCUUUACAACAGAAGAGCAGACUUGAUAUAUACUGCAUUUUGCAUAUUGCAUGAAAACAAGUUGAUUGUUUAUAACGCUGCAUUGGGAUCAGUCGCCUCAACUGAGUUGGGUAAAAUUGCAUCACAUUUUUAUAUCAAUUUUGAAACAAUAAAUCUAUAUGGGAAGAUGCUAAAACCAUGGCACACUGAAAGCGACAUUUUGAGCGUGUUCUCAAAUUCAGGUGAAUUCAAAUAUGUGCCUGUGAGACAAGAAGAGAGGUUGGAAAUUAGCAAGUUGAUGGAGAAAUGCCCUAUCCCUAUUAAAGAACAGCCCAAUGAACCACUUGCCAAAAUUAACAUACUAUUGCAGACUUUUAUUUCUCGAUUGAGCCUUGAAGGGUAUGCUUUGAUUGCUGAUAUGAUAUACAUUACGCAAUCGGCAGGGAGAUUGCUAAGAGCGUUGUAUGAAAUAGCCUUGUUGCAAAAAUGGUCAUCCUUAGCCAAAAGUAUCCUUAAUUUGUGCAAAAUGGUAGAUAAACGAUUGUGGUUAAACAAUUCGCCUUUGAGACAAUUUGGUGACGCGGUCCCGCAACAAAUCAUCAGAGCAUCAGAGAUGUCACAUUUGCCAUGGAUUAGAUAUUUCCAUUUAAACACAGAAGAGCUUGCUGUUGCAUUAAAUCUAAAGGGAAAUGCCCAAGUUGCCAAACAAUAUAUCGAUUCUUUCCCAAAGGUAUCGAUCCAAUAUAUGGUUCAACCAAUCACAGACCAGUUUCUACGCAUACAGAUUGAAGUGAUUCCAGAAUGGUCUUGGAUUCUGGCUAUUCAUGGAAGCCAAGAGAUUUUUAAUGUUUUUUUGGAAGGCUGUGAUGGGAAUAGGCUCUUGCAUAGCGAACAGUUUAUUGUAAAGCGCAAAAAUAUCAAUAAACCACAUAUUUUGGAGUUCUUUGUUCCCUUUGUUUCACCACAUUUGCCCAAUUAUAUCCUAUCGUUUGUCAGUGAAAAAUGGGUACAUUGCACUUGGAAAAGCUCUAUUAUGUUGUCUGACGUGAUUUCUCCCAAAGUGUCACCUCAUUAUUUGGAUAACAAAGUGGAUUUGGUACCUACAGAAACGGUGGGGGAGUUGUUUCCAUUUACUCAUUUCAACAAAUUGCAGUCGUCGACGUUUGAUGCAAUCUAUAAUAGCGAAACUAAUGUUUUUAUUGGCUCUUCCAAAGGUGACGGGAAAACAGUUUUAGCGGAGUUGGCUAUAUUGAAUCAUUGGGCUAACCAUAAAGGCAGAAUAGUAUAUAUUAACCCAUGCCAGGAACUUGUUGAUAAAUUGUUCAAAAAAUGGUCCACGUUUUUUCUGUCGUUCGAGAAAGAAAUCAACGUGCUAAGCGGUAAUUUGCGUGAGGAUUUGACCACUGUGAAUCAAACUCAGUUGGUUUUGGCCACACCUGAACAAUUUAACUGUUUAUCAAAGCGUUGGAAAACUAGAAAGGCCUUCCGAUCUAUUGAUUUAUUUAUCUGGGAUGACUUGCAUUUAGUUGGUUCAGAUGUUCACUACGAGAUGCUCGUCACAAGAGUUCGUAUGCUAACUUCACAGUGGGACGAUUAUGCACUAAGAAUUAUUGGUUUAUCGAGCCCUGUAUUAAACAGUCGUGAUAUUGCAGAGUGGAUAGGAGUGGCAAAACUGGAAACCUACAAUUUUGCUCCGCUUAGUCGCGAAAACAAAAUUACAGAAAUUAAACUCAGUGUUGACAACCCAGUUAAAAUUUACAAGGAUUUGGCUAAAGUGAAUAGUGGUUUGCAGAACACAAUCAUUUUUGCCCCAUCAUAUAACCAUGCCUUCGAAAUGGCACAUGCUAUGCUCGAAAAUAACCAAGCACAAGAAUGGAGAGCAGUUGAUUUAUUGAAAUUGGAAAAGUAUAUCCUGAAAAUUCAGAAUCCAUUAUUGAAAAACUUGUUACCCAAAGGGAUUGCCGUGUUCUAUUCAGGAAUGUCGCGGGUUGAUAGACUAAUUGUGGAGAGAUUAUUUGAAUCCAAGUCUAUUGGAGUAUUAUUUUGCACUGUGGAUACUUGCAAGUUUGCACCAGUUGCAAAUAAUGUAUUUGUUGCUGGAACGAGGAUAUAUGAUGGGCAUGAGCAUCGAUUCCUUGAUUACCCGCUCAAUGAUUUGUAUGAGAUGUUAGGCUGUUGUCAAGAUGGUGGAGUAGUACAUAUCUAUACAACUUCGCAGAUGGUUGAAUUCUACAGCUCGCUUUUAAAUCUGGGGCUUGCGGUGGAGAGCUUGCUCCCAAACUCAUUGCACGAAUUUUUUAUGGACGCUGCUGCCAAUGGUAUUAUUAAGCAAAGACAGAAUUGUAUUGAUGUCUUGACAUUCACGUUUUUUUAUCGAAGAUUGCUUAAGAAUCCAAGUUUUUAUGAUUUGAAAGAAGUUUCAAAUAAUGGGAUCUCAACCUAUUUGUCGGAAUUGAUAGAAAGUGUUUUUGAUGAUUUCAACAAAGAAGAAUUUAUCGAAGAAGAGGAAGAAGGCGAUAUUAUUAGCCCAUUAAAUAAAAUUGUUAUUGCAUCGCAUUACAACAGUACUUUUGAAACGAUAUCUAACUUGAGCAAGCUUAGCAAUAAAAGUAAAUUGAAAGAUAUUUUCCAUGCAUUAACAAAUGCAACCGAGUUUAGUUACUUACCAGUACGCGAAGAUGACGACGCAUUGUUGCUAAAACUUCAAACCAAACUACCAAUCAAAUAUAGUCAAGAUGAUUAUGAAUCGCCUUUUUUCAAAGCUUUUAUACUAUUACAGGCACACAUAUCACGAGUCAGCGUUCCACUGGACUUGAAGCAAGAUCAAAAGUCAGUUUUGAAUAGGAUUUUGCCAAUUUUAAAUGCUGCUAUAGAUUUGUUGUCCAGUGAUGGUUCAUUGAAUGUUUUAUUGGCUAUGGAUUUGUCACAGAUGAUAGUCCAGGCAGUGUGGAGUUCGGAUAACCCAUUAAAGCAAGUUCCAUGCUUUAGCAAUGAAAUUUUAGCUAGAUGCACUCAGCAUAACGUAGAAACGGUAUAUGAUAUAAUGUCAUUGGAAGACGAAGAACGAGACGAAAUAUUGCAGUUGCCUGAUGAACAAUUGAAUGAAGUUGCUUCAUUUGUGAAUCUGUAUCCUAAUAUUGAGUUGCUGUAUGAAAUGAAGGGUGAGGUUACUUCUAACGCCUCAAAAUUUGUUACUGUUACUGUUGAGAGAGAUGAAGAGAUGGAUUCAUUAGAGGUUGUCAAAAAUGAAAAUUUUCCUCCUGUCAAGCAAGAGAACUGGUGGAUUGUUGUUGGUGAUAGUAAGACUCGUCAUUUGUAUGGCAUAAAGAAAGUCAAUAUUCAAAAGAUGAGCCAAUCUUUCGAAAUUGAAUUUACUAUCCCAAACAAAGGUAAGCAUGAAUUAACAAUUUAUUUGAUUUGUGAUUCGUACCUAGACGCCGAUAAAGAAAUGGAAUUUGUUAUCGAUGUAGUAUAG